CUCUCUCUUUCUGUGUAAAUUACUGAAUCUUCCCUUCUCUAUAAAACUCGAGUCUAUUUCUUUCUUCACUGGAAAUCUAACCCCCCAACUGUUUGUGUAAAACAACAGUUUCUACCUUUGAAGAUGGAAGCAAACUCUGGUGAUAAGGAAAGGGUAGAACUCAAUUCAAUUGAAAACAAAGUACAAGAAGAAGAGGAGGAGGAAGAAGAAGCAUUGUCACUUUGUGAUCUUCCGAUCACUGAAGAGAAUCAAGACAUAAAACAACAAGCUCAAUCUCAGGCCAUCGAAGCCAAGGAAGACUUCGAUUUCGGCUCGUUGGGUAGCUCUACUUUGACAGAAUUCCAAAUGUGUGCCGCCGAUGAGGUCUUCUUUCAAGGACAAAUUCUUCCCCUUCGUCACUCCGUGAGUUCCGAGAGCGGAUUGGCCGGACUCCGGACCGAGAGCCGGAAUCUUAGCCGGAACGUCUCAAGGUCUGAGUCUAUGGAUCGUUGUCAUUCAGGUGGGUCUACGACUGCCAGCAGCAGAAGUAGCAGUAUUCGAAGCCACAAUUCAUCAAGCAGUGGGUGUUCAUUAACUACAAAACCGAACAAACCCAGAAGAAUUCGAAACCAGUUUCAUUCACACCCAAGUCCAACACCCCAGAUUCGAUUUUCAAAUGCCCGGCAAGGAAAUCUCAGUCACCAGAAUCAAAACUCCACAAUUUGGAGAUUUCUCCGGUUGGGUUUGGUACAAACCCCAGAGAUGGCAUUACAAGAUCUCAAGGUUCGUAGCAACAAUUCAACCAAUAAUCAGAGUUUUGGUAGUCGUAAUAGCACUAACAGCACAAGUAGCAGUGUCGUCAGCGAAAGCAAGAACAAGACGAAAAUUGAAUUUAGCACUGAGAAUAAAAAGAAGCAACGGUUCUUCGAUCGAAAUGGCGCGUUAUUUGGCGGCUGCAAGUGUUCGUUUGAUGCAGUUGAAACUGUUCCUUCAAGAUCAAGUGCUUCCGUGAUUAAGAACAAUACUAGUAGUGUGAAUGAUUCAGAAGCAAAAGAAGAGCAAGCAACGAAGAAGACAACAAAGCAGGCCAUGUCACGUCAUCGAACAUUUGAAUGGUUAAAGCAGCUUUCCCUCGAAGGUACUCCUGAGGAAGCAUAGAUUCAAGGAGAGAGACAAUGCAGCGCAUGCAUGAUCUUAUCAUUGUUUUUUCAGCUAACUUUUUUGUUAUAUGCUUUUUGUUCUUCUUUGAAUUUGAAUUAAUUUAUUUGUUAGUAUUAGAUUGAAUCUGAGGCUCUGCAAUCUAGACCUUACACUUUCUCAUGCGGUUGAGUUAUAG